UACAAAUUUGUUUGUAUUAUUUUGUUGUUGGAAAAUAUUUUAUUUUGUUAAUGUUAUUUGCUAAAAAUUUGUUUACAACAUAAUUUUGCACAAUGCACGUACAAAACAAUCCCACAGUAUCAAUAAAAGUACCAGCUGUACAAUUUGAAUCGAAUAAAGAUUUCCAAAGCAAGGGCUUACUGUAUGAAGGCGACAGUGGAUUCCUGCGUUAUCACCACAAGUGGAUACAACCCAAGGGCGAUUCACAGGCGAACCGUGAAAUACUAACCACCUUGCUGUCUACACAAGGCGACAAUACUAGUGACUAUGUGGAGAAGUUAAUUGCUGAAAAUAUUUCCUAUCGCGAUUUGGCCUCACUAACGCAUCAGGAUUUGGAAUUAAUGGGUUUCGCACGACCAAAGCAACGAGAUGAGUUAUUAGCAUUUUUCGCCCAGUUACCAAAUCAAGAUCCCUCAUUGGAACAAAUUUACCACUUGAAGGAAGCUUCAAACUAUAAUCAGCAAAUAAUCAGUAAUGCUAGUAAUCAUUUGAACUCUAUGCGAUCUGCUUUGGCCGCAGCCAAUUAUAAAUUGCAAAUCAUGCCUCCAGAGGAUGUUAUUGUAGGUGAAAAAUCAUUUGCUAGCCGUUUUGUAUUAGAAGCCUUGAAUGAACUUUAUGGUGUUACUGAUGAUAUUGAAAAGGAAAUUUCAGAAAUGGAGGAUAUUAUUUAUGAAAAACUCCAGUCUACUAAAAAUACUACUCCGAAAAAGACAAAUCAUUUUAAACUUACUUUCUGGUUUAUUUUUGGUUCAUUAUCUUCUAUUGGAGCUUUCUUGGCACUAUACUUUUGGAAGUAUAAAAAAUAAUUGAAAACUCGUUACCUAUAGAUAUUUAUCUCGAUGCUUUGAUGCCAAGUAGUACAAAAAAUAUAUAAACCAUACAGGCACACCAUGUUAAAUUAGUAUUUUAAGCUCUGAAGUCAAAUAAUAAAAUUUAAAAAAAUUUAA